UGACCCCAGCCUGACAUGCAUGAAGGUGGUUGCCCCAUCCAGGACACUGGGGUCCUCCCAAGCAACCUCUGGUCAGAGCAGAAAGGACUGAGAGACCCAGAGGCUAGGGAAAUAGCAACCCAAACUAGCCCUAUCCUGCUUCCUACAUAUGUGGCCCUCUCGCACAGGACCCUGUCUAAACAGAAGCAAGGACCCACCAGCCAUUUCCAGCUCCUCCUUUUCCGCAGGGAUGGAGGUGCUACGGCGACCGCCGACCCUGGGGACCCCGCCCAGAGAGUCCACUGCAAGCCCCGGGGUCGUCGUCGCCCCGACCAGCUUACGCCAGAACUGUGGACCGAGCUGACAGGCCUGGCCGCGGGCAGCUCCGAGUCUGAGGAUGGGCCUGAAGCCGGAGCCGAGGACCGCCCAGCAGAGGUGUCACUGGAAGAGGCGCUUAUGCGCCUUGCUGAGUUCCUCUCGGUCCAGUUGGGGGCAGAAGAGAGCUGCGGGAAUCCUCCUGAGUUGGGCAAGCCUGGGGAGGUCCCUCCACUGUUGACAGUGACCAGUCAGCUCUUGGCUCUUCUGGCAUGGAUUCGGAGCCCCAGGGGGAGGCAGGUCCUGCUCCAGGGGACUCAUCCAGCCUCCAACGUGCAGCCCCCAACUCCAGAUGGAGCCCUUUCUCAAGAAGACAGCCCUUACCAGCCUACCCCUAUCCAAGAGGAGGUGCCAAGGGGUGAGGCCCAGGGGCAACAGUUGCCUCAAUUGGAGGAGGAGCAGAGAGCUUGGCAGAGGCUGGAACAGCUCAUCCUUGGACAGCUGGAAGAACUGAGGCAGCAGCUGGAGCAACAGGAGGAGGAGCUGGGCAGACUGCGCCUGGGAGUGGGGGCAACAGACUCAGAGAAAAGGGUUCAGCAUCUCACACUGGAGAAUGAGGCCCUGAAACAGAGCCUGAGCCUCACUCGGGACCUCCUGCUGCAUUGGGGCCCAGGCCCCCCCACCAGAGCCCCACAGGAGGAGGCAGAGGCACUGUUGGAGCUCCAGGGCCGGCUUCAGGAGGCCCAGGACACCACAGAAGCCUUACGAGUCCAGCUGGGGGUGCAGGAGGUGCAGCUGCAGGGCCUUCGAGGGGCCCUUCAGCAGCUUCAGCAGGAGACGGAGCAGAACUGCAGACGGGAACUACAACAGGUGCAUGGGCAACUGGCAGGACUUCGGACCCGGAUGGCCAGCCUGCGCCAGGGCUGUGGUGACCUCAGAGGACUGGUCAGCACCUUUACCCAGAGCUGUCAGGGUUCGCUGAGUGAGGCCCAGGGCCAGGUAUCCUGGGCCCUGGGGGCAUUGUCAGCUGGAGGGGCUGGGACUCAGCUCCCUGAGGGGCAACAGGGGCCCCCAACUGGAUGCCCAGGGCGGCUGCUGGAGCUUAAGGGGAAUAUUCGGGUGCUAUGUCGGCUGAGGCCAGGUACACCCUGCAGCCUGGUGAGUGUGGAGGCUGGACCAGGGGGCACAGUCACCACCUGCUAUCGAGGGCGCCAGCGUCGUUUCCACCUGGACUGGGUCUUCUCUCCAGAUGCCAGCCAGGAGGAGGGCCAAGGUUCCAGUAGUCCUGGCUGGUUACUACCCUCCAUACCCCCAGAGCCUUUUCUGGUCUCAUCCUUCUCAUCCUUUGUGUGCCAAGUGCUGCUCUGGACUGCCUGGACACUGCCCACUAAGCCUCAAGACAGGUGCCAUAGAGAGGAACAACACAGAAGAGCCACAAAGAAUGAGUCUUUGGAGAGCUGGAACCAGCUGUGCUGUCCUGCCUCCAAGGAUACAGUGUCUGCAUCUUCACCUAUGGCCAGACCGGGACUGGAAAGACAUACAGCAUGGAGGGACCUCCUGGCCCCAGGACCUCCAGAGCGCCUAGCUGUGAGGCAGGGCCCAGCAGGACAGGGGGGAAUCCAAGUAGCUGGCCUCACCCACUGGGACGUGCCCAACCUGGAGACUUUGCACCAGAUGUUGAGCCUGGGGAGAAGUAACCGGGCCACUGCCGCCACUUCCAUGAACCCACGCAGCUCCAGAUCCCAUGCUCUCGUUACACUGACGCUGUGUGCAGCUUCUCCACCGAGCGCCCCAGGCACUGCAGGCACGCUGCACCUGGUGGACCUGGCGGGAUCUGAGCGUGCUUGGAAGGCGGGAGCUACUGGCACGCAGCGAGGAGAUCCCAACAGUGCCCAGCGUCUGCGGGAGGCCCAGACUAUCAACCGCUCGCUGCUGGCGCUGGGAGGCGUGAUGGCUGCGUUGCGUGCCCGCCGGUCCCACGUGCCCUUCCGCGACUCGCAGCUCACACGUCUGUUGCAGCCUGCGCUUGGUCCGGGUACCACUGCUGUGCUGCUUCUACAGAUCUCUACGCGGCCAGAGGAUCUCGGGGAGACCGUCUGUUCGCUCAAGUUUGCGGAGCGAGUGGGUCAGGUGGAGCUGGGACCAGCACGGCGCCGCAAGGCACCACGCUCCGAGACCCCGUCCUCCCUCAGUACCGACACCCCACUUACUGGGACCCCCUGCACUCCUACGAGGUCUCCUGUCAGCCCUCCAAGCCCCAGCCCUGACAGCGGCUCAUGCUCUGCCCUAGGGCCCUCAGGGGACCUUCCCCCCUAGUCUUGGGUGGAGGCCCUGCACAAGAGACCUGGGGAUAUAACUCUGCUGGCAGAGGCAGCAGUACAGUUCCUAUAUCGGGUCUCCCAAGACAAUCUUCUUGACUUCUGGGGGCCUACUUCUCUCCAAACUUCCAGAGUUGCUCCCCACAACCCCAGCCAGAGAAGAGCCUGGAGAAUUGAUUUUGCCCCACCCCACUGAGUCAGAGGCCCUCAGCUCCCUCCUUAUCACCAUUUGCCGUUAUCACAGCACACAGCAGGGGAUCCCAGAGCCACAGGAACCAGACAUGACUCUGGCCAAGGAGUUUCCCAGGUCACCACCUCUGCUCCAAAAAUAAGACUAGGCAUUAAAAUGCUGUAAAUUCUUUUAAUGUUACACCACUACCACCACUUCAAGUCUAUGUAGGGUCCAGUUUUUAUUCCCUAACCCUUUCCCCAAAAGGUGCUACCUCCUCAGACAGUUGAGGGAUGGCAGGACUUCAGGCUGGACCCACCAUUAAGGAGCUCCCUCCCCCAGCCUGGAGCCAGGAGGGAGGUGACAGAUGGUGAUGGAUGAAUAGAUAGAUGGGCUAGGCCUGAAGAUAGAAUCAUGAUUUGCUACUCCAGGUUGAGUCCUGCUCCUUUAGCAUUGCCCCUGGGUGUAGGGGGAGGCAGAGAGGCAAGACUGACCAAGCCCAGGUUGGUGCCCAGCUGAGUGGCAGCUUUUUCUGGAGCAGCCCAAUAAACAUUGUGGACUCUCAUUAA